AUGGAAUCCCCGGGUGGGGGGGGGGGGGGGGGGGGGGGGGGGGGGGGGGGGUGGGGGGGGGGGAGGGGGGGGGGGGGGGGGGGGGGGGGGGUUGGGGGAGGGGGGAUUGGGGGGGGUGGGGGGGGGGGGGGGGGGGGGGGGGGGGGGGGGGUGGGGGGGGGGGGGGGGGGGGGGGGGGGGGGGGGGUUGGUGGGGGGGGGGGGGUGGGGGGGGGGGGGGGGGGGGGGUGGGGGGGGUUGGGGGGGUGGGGGGGGGUGGUGUGUUGGUGAUUAUGGGUGGGGGGGGUUUGUGUUUGGGGAGGUUGGGGGUGGGGAGGUUGGUGUGGGGGGAAUGGGGGGGGGGGGGGGGGGGGGGGAGGGGGGGGGGUGGGAUGAGGGAGGGGGGGGUGGGAAAGAGAUAGGGAUUUUGGGUGUGGGGAGGGGGGGAGGGGGGGGGGGGGGGGGGAGGAGGUAG